AUGUAAAAUAUAGCAUAUUUAAGUAUAGUGAGGUAUUAAUAUAAUGUGCCAUGGAAAAAGACCUGAGUGCCGAUGUAAUAAAAGCUACGCAAAAUGCGCUGGGCAAGUAUGUGAAACGACCGCCGUUGACUGAAAAAUUGUUGAAGAAACCACCUUUUCGUUUCUUACACGAUAUUGUAACAACGGUGCUGAAAACUACAGGUUUUUUCGAGGGACUAUUUGAAGAAGAUGAAUUAAUAUCGGAAAAUGUUAAGGACAGAGAGGGGAAAAUCACAUUUCUCACUAAAGUUAUAUCAGUUGUGGCCACGACAACGGGAAAGACUAUUCCAGCCAAGCCAACAAAAAUAGUAGCCGGCCAGGAGCCCGAGAAAACAAAUGAGCUACUUCAAUGUCUAGCAAUAGCGUUAGACCAAAAGUUAUCAUCAGAUGAAGCUGUAAAGAAAUACAAAGAUGGGGGAAAAGCUCAAACAGAUAACAAAGCCAAAGAAUCAACAAAAGCUGUUAAGAAAACUAACGACGCAAAGAAAUUAACUUCAAAAAGUAGUGAAAAACUAACGAGUAAUAAAAAGGAAACUCGAGAAAGAUCGUUAAAUAGACCUGAAAAAGAAAAGACAAUUAUAAAACCGAAACAAAAAGAGGCCACUGGAAUAAAAAAAGAUUCACCACCUAAAAAAUCUUCAGUACAACAAUCAAAAACAUUAACUAAAAAGAACUCUAUUGAAAAAGCACCCCAAACUCAAAUUGAAAGUAGCAUAAAUAGAAGCAAAAAGCCUGUCGCAGAAGUUAUACCUCACGAUGAAGAUGUGGCAAAAAAUAAUACAAAUCAUGAUACCACCGAUCAAGAUUCAGGAGUAUCACUUGAAAAACCAGAUCUUACUGAAAAUGAUAAACCUACCAAACAACUUGCAUCUAAAACCGAACACGAGGAACAUGGAAAACUCAAUUCAUCGUAUACAAUAGCUGAAGUUGAUUUAAAUUCAUCUUUGUCGUCACAAGAUCUCAUGGAAGUAGACAAUGAAAAAUCAGAAGAAAACCUGGAUACUAGUAAUCCAGAUUCUGACGUUAACACAGAAAUAAAACACAAUAUUAACAAUAUAACUAAAGAACACAGUCAUCAACAAGAAAAUAAUAAAGUAAUACGGCAUGAAACAAUCGUUCAAAAUAAUGAUAAUAACAGCGCACCACAUAGUUUUACCAAAGACUCAGAAAAAGUUAUUCAGAAUGAAUCUACUCCGAAAACCACAAAAAAUGAAAAUGUAACCAGACCAAAAAGUGUGAGACCUUCAUCUUCAAGACCUGGCGCACCCCGAUUGAGAGAGAAACAUGACAACACUGUAACAGGGAAUGAAAACCUUCUCGUAGGAAAAGUGAACAUUAUAGUGGAAAACACUCCGAAUGAAGAGGACGAAGACUCGAGUAUUAUAAUAGUGGAACAACAACCGGAUAUUCCGUUGGCGCAGGAUCAACAAGAGCUAAAGUUAUCUUCAAACCAGCACGGAGCGCUUGUGCAACAAAUUCUAGAGUCGCAAAAGGAAUUUUCACAAAUUGGCGGAAAAACAGAAAUCGAGUGGCAGCUUGGUGCACAGAAGGCUAGAGAAGCCGUCAAUCAAGAAGUAGAACAACUUAGAUUCAAUAUUCAGGCUCUGUCGCGAGUCGCCAAUCCUCUAGGGAAAGUGCUGGACCACAUUCAGGAGGACGUGGAAGUGAUGCGCCAGGAACUGCAGCAGUGGACAACAACCUAUGAAAACGCCUCCAAAGAGCUCGUUAAAGAAAAGUCGGCAAACGAGGACUCCUUGUUUCCUCUCCAUACGAAGCUAAAGCAACUGGAUGUCGACAUUUUGGAGAAACGUGAUAAAAUCAAUGAUCUCAAAAUAGUUAUACACAAAAAUUCGUCACGCAUUGAAAAGCUUCUAGCGGGCGGGGACGUGCAAUAA